AAGCACUGGCCUAAAUGCAGUACCCCAUUAGCAUUCCCUCUCUCUCUCUCUCUCUCUCUCUCUCUCUCUCUCUCUCUGAUAUUACUGUGGUGUUGUUUGAAGAUGAAGAAAGGGUCUUGUGCUUCACUGCUGUGUGCUCUGGUUGUGGUGCUGGUGGUGCUAGAGGAAGCACGGGUGACCGAGGCGGUGACGUGCAACCCCAUGGAGCUGAGCUCAUGUCAAGGGUCAUUCACGUCGUCGGCGCCGCCGGCAGCGGGUUGCUGUGUCAAGCUUAGGGAGCAGCAGCCUUGCUUCUGUGGGUACAAGAAGAACCCUAGCCUCGGCCAGUACGUCAACUCUCCCAACGCCAGGAGGGUUGCCUCCGCUUGUGGUGUCUCGUACCCGAAUUGCUAGAAUAUUUACAAAUCCCAAAACCAAAAGGAAAAAUAAAGAGAGUAGCACUAUUGGCAUGAAAGUGUUAGAAUAAAAAUGGAUCACUUCCUGUGUCCGUCUACUGUUUGUGAACUUGUUUUAAUUAAGGAUAAAUAAUAAUACAACCCUGUCGGUGAGAGUGAGUCGCCGGCAGAGUCGUCGUUGCGUCUGUCAUGUCUUUUUUUUGCUUAGCUUGUUGUGUCAUCUACUACAGUUUAUGUAUUAGCAGAAAAUAUUGGAAAACAUGCUCUUACUUUCUAGUGUUUCCA